AUGAAGACAGUUGCGUUCCUUUCGCUUUUUGGUGUCGCUACACUCGCCCACCCAGCGGGCCUGUGGUGGGGUACCGACACCUGCUACACCAGCCCGGAAAACACUGACAAUCAGUGUUCGAAUGUCCAAGAGACUGGCUUUGACUGGUUUGAGCUGGCAGACGAUGAUGACUGGGAUUAUGACGGCUUCGACUUUGUUGGAUUUAGCCCUAAGAAUGACUGCGGGGGAUCCACAGGAGGGAACUGUAUUGGAGGAACACUUUCUAGAUACGACGACUGGGCACUUAAGGUGGAUGCUACCGAUGCUCCUUUCUCUGUUCGGAACUUUCACCUUUCAACUUCUCGACAAACCGAUGUCAUCCUUACCUACAAGACACCCAACGGCCGCUCUUGUCACCAGGUAGUUAGCAGCUCGCCCGAGGGAGUCGAUGUCGAGAAUGACCAGUGUGGUGGCGCGGUCUCGGUCGAGUUUAAACUUCCUGAGCAGAGCAAGUUCGGCGAGUGUGAACUAGACCUUCACCAAAUCGAUUUCGACUGUUCUGCUGGGGAAAAGCCCCCUCACUCAGUCGCCAGUGAAUCUCAGUCCUACCCGGAGCCUACCCCGAGCUCGACUACUAUCCCUGUGUCUUCGCAUAUGGCCACGUCCAGCGCACCGGAUAUCUCUUUCCCUACCACCUCCACAGUGUGGACCACCGCCGAAUUUUUGGUUACCAGCUGUGCACCAACUGUUACCCAGUGCCCUGCACAUUCGACUGUGGUGGUAACCUCGACAUAUGUACUAUCGACCACUGUCUGCCCUUAUAAAUCCACUGAAACUGGACAUCUGCACUCACUCGGCUGGGAAACAACUUCAACUGGAGUCUCUCAUGAGAGCUCUCACGCCUCGGUCCCGAAUCUACCCCCCCGGGUCACAUCCAAAACUGGCGAGCCAUCUCCUGCUGUCACUUCUUCGGAACCAAUCCCUUCCUCACCCAGCACACACGCCCCGUGCCCUAACUUGGUCCCCAAGUGUAUGAACACUUGGCUCUCGAUUCCUAAGUGCGACUCUAACAGCGAUGCGGCCUGCUUCUGUCCAUCUUCCGAGUUUACAGACAAGGUCACUUCCUGCAUUCAUGCCUGGGGUAAAUCAGACCAGGAGAUCCAGUCUGCUCUUUCUUACUUCGCCGGUAUUUGUGCAUCAUAUGUACCCAAGAACCCAGCUAUUGUCAACAUCGUCCCCACUAGCACUCCUCAUGGUCCAGCUACCAAGACCAGCAUCCCCUCUCAGUUUGCUAGUAUUACCACUACACCUGUCGAGAACGUCAGUGCGGUCACGCGAGCUCCUCACACCCCAUGUACUACUAUCACCUGGUCUUCUCACACGGUUACUGUCCCGCAGGUUGGAUUCAGCACAGUUACGGGUUCUUCCUCAACCACCGUGAACCUCGUUCUUAUCACUCCCACCGCUACUGAGUGGAGUCAUACUUCCCACUCAUCACCGACAUCGACCAUGACAACUAAGUGUAAAACUACAACUUCGUCUGUUUAUACCACUACUGCGUCGAAGCCCACUGAAACUUUCGUGGCUUCUAACAGUGGAUCAAGAUCAGGUUUGGAGAGCUUGUGGGCAUUUGCUGUGGCUAUCCUUGCCCUUUCUCUUUACUAG